GCAGUCAAGACAAGCCUCUCUGUUUUUUCUCUAAAGAAACAUUCAACUGAAUCCAGCAGAUUUUCAUCAACAACACACUCUGAGUGCAGAUAUGGCUGCUGCCAGCUGUCUGCUGACUGAAGAUCAGUUUCUCUGCUCCAUCUGUCUGGAUGUCUUCACUGAUCCGGUCACCAUACCAUGUGGACACAACUUCUGCAAAACCUGCAUCACUGACCACUGGAAAUUAAAUGUCCAGUGUCAGUGUCCCUACUGUAAAAAAGUUUUCAACACCAGACCUGAGCUGCAGGUUAAUAUUUUCAUCUCUGAGAUGGCUGCUCAGUUCAGACAGUCAGCUCAACAGAAAACCAGCAGCAGCAGCUCAGAGCGACAAGUUUCCAAACCAGGAGACGUUCCCUGUGACGGAGCCAAACUGAAGGCCUUGGGAAAAACAGAGGCUGAAACUCAGCAGAUGAUCCAGAUAAGAAGACUGAAGAUUGAUGAAAUCAAACGCUCAGUGAAGCUCAGUAAUGAAGAAGCAGACAGAGAGAUAGCAGAUGGUGUUCAGGUCUUCACCGCUCUGAAGGAGUCUGUUGAGAGAAAACAGGCCGAGCUCAUCGACACGAUCAAAGAGAAGCAGAGACAGACGGAGAUACAGGCUGAAGGCUUCAUCAAGGAGCUGGAGCAGGAAAUCUCUGAGCUGAGGAAGAGAAGCACUGAGGUGGAGCAGCUCUCACGCUCUGAAGACCACCUCCAUAAUUUCCGAAGCUCACCAUCUCCGAACACCGCUCCACCCACCAAGGACUGGACCAAAGUCAGUGUCCAUCCACCUGCGUAUGAGGGGACUGUGGUGAGAGCUGUGAAACAGCUGGAGGAGAUGAUCAGUCAAAAGAUGAAGAAGCUGUUUCAAGCUGAGCUGAUGAGAGUCCAGCGGUAUACUGUGAAUGUUACACUUGAUCCUAAACUAGUGCAUCCCAAACCCACCCAGUCUAAUGAGAGAGAAAAGGGAAAUCAGGAUAAUGACUGUAAAUGUGUCUUAUCAAAGAAGGCUUUCACUUCAGGAAGGUUUUACUUUGAGGUUCCAGUUGACACAUGGUCUUACUGGACUUUGGGAGUAGCCAGAAAGUUGACCAACAUGAAGGAAAAAAUAACACUGAGCCCCUCAAAUGGCUACUGGACUGUAUUUCAUAACAAACGAGGCUGGUACUUUGCUUCUGCUGACCCAAGAGUCUGUCUCUCUCUGAAGUCUCGGCCCGAGAGGGUGGGGGUGUUUGUGGAUUAUGAGGAGGGUCUGGUCUCCUUUUAUGAUGUUGAUGCUGCAGCUCUUAUCUACAUCUUUAGUGGCUGCUGCUUCUCUGAGAAAAUCUACCCAUUCUUCAGUUCCUGUUCAAAUGAUGGUGUUAAAAUCCAUAGCAGCGACAGUGGUUGUGUAUUACAAUGAGUCGAAACAUUUUACAUUUAUCAGCACUAAAGUUCAGUGUCAUAUAACAACUCGUUCUCAUCCCAAGUCGUCACAUAUCAUCGCUUUGUCAGUGGACUUCAAACAUCUGCAUGUUAAGUUUUAGGCAUCCCUCUGUGCCUGCUGUUUACAUGUACGAAAAGAGCAGACUGUGGUGAUUAUUCUGGAUUAUUCUGCAAAAGCAUGUGCUUAUAUUUUGGCAACAAAAGCACAUGACAACCAAUGUUGAGAUAUCAACAAAAGAACAUGGUGGCACGGUUGGUGAGGAUUAGGCAAAAGAUGCACAUGGUAAUGUUUAAAAAAAACAAAAACAUCACAUUCAGACAGGAAGCGAGCACCGGACUCACGCUUUGAAUCCAUCCAUGGCCCUCCCAGCCACCCAUAGAGACCUUUGUGGUCCUAACAUUAUGUCGUUACCAGCAGCGUUUCAACCUGACGCUGUCCAGUGGCAUAGCAUGCAGACACAACAAAUUUUGUCCAGCUGCAUUCUCAACUGACACCGCUCAUCUGCGUAUCAUGCUGCCGCGGCAGGUGCCAUUCAGACACCAGGCGGCAUACCGUAACACCACGACCUGUUCUGUCCAGCUGCGUUCUCAGCUGACAACACCCAGAAUUAUCAUACAUGUGCGAAAUAUGGCUCUUGGCGUCGGUAUCUUGCUUAAAAAUCACAGCAAAAGCAGCAGUAUUUGGCGACUUUGGAAUGAGAAUGGGCUGCAAGUAAUGUGGCACACCUCAUUCCUCCUCUUAAUUUCCAAAUGUGAUUCUCUUGUAUCUUUAUAUCGAAUUUUAUUGUAACAUAUUCCAUUGUUAUCAGAUUUUAGUCAGUGUUGUUCUUUCUUUCAUUUUGUAUUUUUUUCUGUAAUUAUUUUCUUUUAUUUGUCACAUUGCUACUUACUAACACUUUUUGCCAAUUUUACAGCACUGAUUUGUAAUAUUGAAUGUAAUCGUAUUUUAUCUCACUUAAUUAUAACAGUAGUUUAUGUAACUUUAUGUUUGGCAGUGCUUACUUUAUUUGUAACUGUAGCUCAUUUAGUAAU